CUCAACCUUUGUAUGACCAAAGGUAAAAGUACCAAUCCUUCUUUUGGAGAAGCUUCUUCACUCAACCUUUGUAUGACCAAAGGUAAAAGUACCAAUCCUUCUUUUGGAGAAGCUUCUUCAACGUCGUCCCCAAGAUCUAUCAAGAAGAUGAGAAACCCUGAUAAUAGAUCCAAACCUUAUCUCCCAUUUUCAUCUCCUUCUCCUUCUUCUUAUAACUCCUUGCCGGCUUUUCCUUUUUCUCUUGAUCCCACGUUUCAAAAUCAACAACAACAACUCGGAUACGUUCCCAUUAAUCAGCAAAACAACCCUACAAUACAAGGCCAACAUCAAAUGAUAUCGUUUAGUCCUCAACAGCCUCAGCAACAGCAGCAGUAUCAGUAUAUGUUCAAGUAUUGGAGUGACACAUUGAACCUGAGCCCUAGAGGAAGAAUGAUGAUGAUGAACCAAGAAAAUGUUCAGCCUUACAGCUCAACUAAGUUGUACAGAGGAGUUAGACAACGUCAAUGGGGGAAAUGGGUUGCAGAGAUACGUAAGCCACGGAGCAGAGCACGUCUCUGGCUUGGUACCUUUGACACAGCUGAAGAAGCUGCUAUGGCCUAUGACCGUCAAGCUUUUAAGUUGAGGGGUCAUAAUGCAACACUUAAUUUUCCAGAGCAUUUUGUGAAUAAGAAAAUUGAGCCUAAUGAUUCAACUGAUGCGUCAAGCUCGCUGCACGAGAAGCAAUCCGAAACGCCGCAGCCAAACGAGCCAAACGAGGUUAACUUGGAGAGGAAGGAAGUAGCGGUGAGUGAUGGUGGAGUAGAGGAAGGGAUGGCUGAGGCGUGGUUCAAUGCGGUUGCAGCGGGAUGGGGUCCUGAAAGUCCUCUUUGGGAUGAUUUGGACAACUCUCAGUUUUCACAAAGCUCGACUUCUUCCUCUGCUUCUUAUCCCAUGAGGCCUUUCACAUUUUAG